CUGUUUUAACCUCUGUAGUGACUGAUCUUCCGGGAAUUUCAGCUGGAGCAACAUCUGCAGGAACCGCAGUGAAGUGGUACAGAGUUCGUGGUUCGAGUUCCACCAGCAGAAUGAGAAUGCUAACAACUUUAUUACUUUUAUUGUGCUGCUUCCAGCUUGGGAAGAGUCAGAGGUGCACGGAAGGGUUCACAUAUGACCUUCGUGCCAGGCAGUGCAUUGAUGUGGAUGAGUGUCGCACGUUGCCAGAUCCAUGCCGUGGAGACAUGCAGUGCGUAAAUCAGAGAGGGGGAUACCUUUGCAUCCCUCCGGGCCUUUACUCUCAGUCCUACGCGAGGCAAGAGUCUACGUCUUACUCCGAGUCAUCGGUUGGGUUUUCCGAGCCCUUUGCUCCUCCUCCUCCCGCCGGCUCCGGUCCUGGGCCAGGUCCCGGCCCUAGUUACCCUAUAGUGAGUCGCUCCUCUGCUCCAUGCUAUCUGGGAUACACUCUGGGAGAGGAUGGCACUUGUGUUGAUAUUGAUGAGUGUGAGGCACAGUCCCAUCAGUGUAACCCCACUCAGGUGUGUAUAAACACAGCAGGGGGCUACACCUGCUCAUGUACCGAGGGUUACUGGCUGGUAGCUGGGCAGUGCCAGGAUAUUGAUGAAUGCCGCUACGGUUACUGCCAGCAGCUGUGUGCCAAUGUGCCGGGCUCUUAUUCCUGCUCCUGCAAUCCUGGUUUCAACCUCAAUGCUGACAGUAGAACAUGUGCAGAUGUAGACGAAUGUGACACGAAUCCCUGCACUCAUGGAUGUCUGAACACGUACGGCUCCUUCAUGUGCACCUGUGAUGAGGGCUUCGAGCUAGCUUCAGACGGAACUACCUGCAUCGAUCUGGAUGAAUGCAGUUAUUCAGACUUCCUUUGCCAGUACACGUGUAUAAACACUCCAGGCUCGUUCUCCUGCACGUGUCCAGCCGGCUACUAUGUCUUUGAGGAUGGCAGGAGUUGUGAGGAUCUCAAUGAAUGUGAGACAGAUAACAACACGUGUACAGCAUCGCAAGUGUGUUUCAAUUUCCCAGGAGGGUACACAUGCCUGGACCCCCUCACAUGUGAACCACCUUACAUAGAACUUAGUGACAAUCAGUGUAUGUGUUCAGCUGAAAACCCUGCCUGUAGAGAUAGGCCCUUUACUGUUCUCUUCCGUCACAUGGACCUGUCCUCGGGACGCAGCGUUCCUGCUGAUAUAUUUCAGAUGCAGGCCACCACUCGCUACCCUGGGGCCUUCUACAUCUUCCAGAUCAAAUCUGGAAAUGAGGGCAGAGAGUUUUACAUGCGGCAAACCAGUAACGUUAGCGCAACACUGGUCCUUGCUCGACCAAUCAGAGGGCCGAAGACUGUCGUUCUGGACCUGGAAAUGGUAACAGUCAACAAUGUCAUCAACUUUCGUGGCAGUUCCAUCAUCCGCCUCACAAUAUUCGUCUCAGAGCACCCAUUCUGAUAUUCCACACUGACCCUCUUGCUGUUACUGCAUUAUUACCCAUCAGGCAGCUGUGUUUGUUCCUGUUUUACAGUUCUGGACCGGUUUAUGAUUGUCAUUGCUCUUAUAAGUCAUUUUUAUUCUUUUCUUUAUCAGGACUGAUGUGUUGUAACAAAUAGUACCUUUUACCAUCUUUAUAAUGGAGGUUAAUAAAAAUCUGCCUCAUCCAUACCCUCCAUGUUUACUUACAUGCAUCCAUUCACAGUCAUAUUUAUGUUUGUUUUCUUAGACUUGAUUUGUGCUUUUGUGUUUUCUUUCCUAAAGGAAGCUGAAUUCCCUUUUUCUUAAAUAAGCUUUAUUUUUCACACCAACUGUUUCUAUUGUCCAGUGAACAAACUGUGAAAGUGAACUUACAUAAUGUUUGUGUCAGUAUCAGUUUUUUUUGUUGUUGUAAGUAUUAGAAGGGCCUGGUCAGUCAAAUAAAGCUAAAUGUGAUGACCUGAUAA